CCACUCCGCUCCGCUAGUGUGUUCCGCGUUGUGGUAUCACGUGUGUUGUUAUUCAUAAAACAAGUUAGCCACACAUUUUGUGUUGUUUUCUUUUAACUUUCUUGAGUUCACCAUCUGAAAAUGAGUUCAGAGUUAGAUGAGGACUGUUUGUUUCUGGAGCGGGUUCUGGAUUCACUUUAUGAGUUUGGAUCAGAAACAAAAAAGAAGCUCAAAACCCAAAAGAAGAAAAAACGAAAACAAUGUGAAGAAGAAGAAGAAGAAAAACUUCAUGCAGUGAAGAAAACCUGCAGCGACGAUGAAGGCAGCAGAAAUGCUGAGAUUCAGCAACCAAACAUCGAACUGAAAGAUUCAAAUGUCCAGCUGCAGAACAAAGUGGAGGUUGUCACAUUUCAGGAUCCCAGGAAGAAAAUCAAAACCAAACCGUCUCCAGUCUCAACCAGGAUCCCAGUUAAAUCACCACAGGACUCUCGGCAAGCAGAGCAGGAACAAAUCAACCAGGAAGAACAGCUCAGUUUGGAAAAGGCUCGGCUGGAGGUCCAUCGGUUUGGAAUAACGGGCUACAGGAAGGAGCAGCAGCGCGUUUUUGAGCAGGACAGAGCCAUAAUGCUGGGAGCCAGGCCUCCAAAGAAGGAGUACGUGAACUACAAGGUGCUGCAGGAACAAAUCAAAGACAAGAAGCAGAAACAAAGCGAGGCGCUUCAGCCGGACAAGAAGAAAAAGAAGAAGAGUAAUCAAAGAGACAAAAAGAAACAACCAGCCUCUGGUUCUGGUUCUGGUCAGGUGGGUCAGUUCAAGAACGGCAUGCUGAUCCUCAGUUCAAAGGAGAUCCAGAAAAUCAAAGGCAAAAGAUGAAAGCAAAAGGUGGGAUUAAUCCAAUGGAGCAGGACGGAAAUGGCAGCAGACUGGAGGAGGGAGUUAGUCAGUGAAACAAUCCAGACUUCCUGAUAAGACACUGACCUGUAGCAGCAGCUGGACUGAUUCAAGAGUCAGACAUCUUGAGCAGGGAAUCGUGGCCAGACCUAAACAUGCCAACACAAAGAGACUUGGGCAUAUUAAUGUCAGACCCCACUUUAUUUAUUUCCCUUCUUAUAAAGUACCCAAAAAGGAGACAAAGCUGUUUCUUUUAUUUUUCAUGUUUAGGUUUGAAAAAUUAUGGAGUUGACUCUUGUGUUUUCAUCAUUUACAAACAAUGUAGUCGUACAAAACAUUUACAUUGGCAGCAGGGGACAACUAGAGGACAAAAUUGAGGUAAUAAAAAAGAAAAAGUUAUGCAUUUUCUUUGAUGAAUAAAUAUAUAUACACAACAAGAGACAGCAGAAGCAAAAGCAGUUUUUCUAACUCAAGCCUGAAUUUACAAAGCUCGUCUCCAGCCUCACCAGGCUUCAGAAGUAAAGACUUGAUGUUGAAGGGACGAUGUGAAAGUUGAUGAUAAUGAAAAAACACAGUUGGUCGGGUUGUUUGUUCUGGUUGAGGUCACAGUUACUUUUCUCAAAGCUGCUUCUUGGUUUGAUUUUUGAAUUUCAAAAUGAGGAGCAUGAGAGACGAAGAUUCAAGCUAAAACCUGGAUGGAUUAAUAUUAAAGUUAAUUACCAUCAGUAAUUAACAAAUCUAUGUUAUCAGCCGCAAUAUGACACGUUUGGUCAGUGAUCAAAUUUAAACAUAAGUGUGACGGCAUAUUAGGGCCAUUGUACAUUGAAAAAAAGUACAUUUCCAACAACAACAAAAAAAUCAAAUUUUUGAUAUGAGUCUUUUCCAGAAAGAAAAUUCUGUGAAUUGAAAAGUCUAAACUUUUCAGAAAAACUCAGAAAGUAUUGAGGAAAAAAACUUGAAAUAUUUGCUAGAAAAACCCCCCU